AUCUGUCGAAAUCCCUUUUUAGGAAAUGCACAUGUUAAUUCCAUCAUCUUCAAGUCGAAGUCAACACCAACAUCUCUGCGUCUUUCGCCUCUAGGGAGCUCGCGCAACUUCAACUUCGCUUUCACCUCUUUCUAAAUUCACUUCAAAGACCCAAAACGACUUCCAAGGCUACCCUUCCCUGUCGUCUCACACUCUUUUUCCCCUUUGUAAUCUACUAGGUACAGGAAAUCCAGGACCGUUAUGAGUGCUCUGCUGGACAUCACCAUUCUAUAGCUAAGCCCAUCAUGACUCUCCCAUUCCGGGACAUUAAUGUCCACGUUGCCGCGGAUUCCUAUACCUUCACCUCACCCUCUUCUCCUAAUGCGCCUGCCCUCAUCGUCGAUCGUCCUACCGGAGAUGUAAGACUAAGUGAGACAGCUUUUAUUCCUAAGCGAGUGUCCCGCGUUUCUAGCAUUGCUGGUAUAUUGGGAUUCAUUAGAUUGAGACUUGACAAGUAUGCGAUCAUCAUUACUAAAGCCCAGCCCGUGGGCCGUCUUAAAGGCCACAUGGUCUACAAGGUCGUCUCGACAGACUUCCUCCCUAUGCGCGAGCGACAAAUCCACGACCCCGACGAGGACCAAUUCUUGUCGCUACUUAAGACUUACAUCAUGAGAGGACCCAUGUACUUCUCCUAUUCCGUCGACCUUACCAACAGCUUCCAGCGACAGGCUGUUGCCGACAACUCAAGCCCCCUCUGGAUGCGAGCCGACGAUCGUUUCUUCUGGAAUAAGUUUGUUUCAACCGACCUCAUCAACUAUCGCAGAACUGGCGGCCGCUCGCAACCUGGUCCACAACCCUCCGUCGACCCUUAUAUUCUACCCCUUAUAUGGGGAACGAUGGAGAUCCGACCCACCACGUUCAAAACCACACAACUGACUGUUGUCUUAAUUACUCGUAAGGGAAGAUAUCGAGCCGGUACAAGAUACUUUACUAGAGGACUCGAUGACGAAGGCCAUGCCGCCAACUAUAACGAGACCGAACAAGUUAUUGUCUUGAAUGACACGGGCCGGGGUUUAGGCGGCUAUGCCGGAAGUAGUGAUAUGCAGAGCGGGAAAUACGGUGCCGAGGGUGCAGAAAUGCAAGUGUUGUCUUAUGUCCAAACUCGAGGCAGUGUUCCCGUAUACUGGGCCGAGAUCAACGCCCUUAAGUAUACACCGAAGCUUCAAAUUCGUGGCAUAGAGACGGCCCUCGGAGCUGCGAAGAAGCAUUUCGACGAGCAGAUCCGCAUCUAUGGAGACAACUACCUAGUGAACCUAGUUAAUCAGAAAGGCCGUGAGAAGCGGAUAAAAGACGCAUAUGAACAGAUGGUUCAGAAGCUCGUCUCGUCGCCAGCAGAGAAAGUUAAGAGCGAUCCCCUCAGCGAUGAGAAAUUCCACGUUAUCGAACCUUCAUCCUCAAAGCAGGAGUUCGACCGUCUACACUACGUCUACUUCGAUUACCAUCACGAGACCAAGGGCAUGCAGAUGCACAAGGCCAUGUUGCUCGUCGAGCAGCUCAAAGAUGCCCUACUGGCACAGCAGUACUUCCGCGGCGUGGACAUGCCAGCCAACGGCGGUCUCGAGACCAGAAACUUCCAGACUAGCGUAGUGCGGACGAACUGCAUGGACUCCCUCGACCGCACUAACGUCGUGCAAAGCAUGCUCGCGCGAUGGACCCUUGAUCGCAUGUUCGUCGACCUCGGCCUACUCCAACGAGGUGAAACAUUUUCCACUGCCGACCCGGACUUCGAGUUCCUAUUCCGCAACCUUUGGGCCGAUAAUGCGGAUACGGUCUCCAACUCGUACGCUGGUACCGGCGCUAUGAAGACGGAUAUCACACGCACAGGCAAGCGCACGAAGGCCGGUAUCAUGGGAGACGGCAAGGUCGCCGUGAUGCGGUACUACCUAAACAACUUCCGAGACGGCCCCCGACAGGACGCCUUCGACCUCUUCCUAGGCGCCUACGAGCCCGCAGCCGCUAACAUCGGCUCCUCGCUCAUCUUCGCCGACCGCCGACCGAUCCUGAUCCAGAGCAUCCCCUACGUCCUCGCCUUCAGCGUGUUCUUCGUCCUUCUCGGCCUCUUCACCAGACGCGGACCCAACGCAUCUCUCUGGACUAUCCGCAUCUUCAUCUUAUUCUGGCUCGUAGUCGCCGGAUGGAGUUUUAACUUCGUUAUCAGCAACGGCAUGCUUUUCGUCAACUGGCCGAAACUCAAUCCCCGCCCAUGGGCUACCGAGGGCUACCAAGACGCCAUCACCAAUGUGCGGAAGGACGCGCUCCUCGGCCCCCUCGUCGCUAAGCACGAGCGCGGCCUUAGCACGGCGAGGUAUCUUAAUGCUGAGGAGGGGAAGAAGAGGAUUGAGUAGACGUGUAUACCAUCCUCUAUCCACACCAUACAGCCAAACAGCCAUAUAUUACAAACAAACAGACAGAGAGGGAGAGGGGGAGGAUGGAGGGAGACAGACCGGACAACAAGUUUUUUUCGAUGGAAAAGGGAUGAGAGACUGUGGCAGGGUGUUUGGUUGUACUUUUAUACCGGUAUUUUCCCUUCGUCCGCGGCCCUUGUUGUUACGCUUGUUGUUGUUUGUUGGUGGUAGUGUUGGUCGGCUACGUCCUAGAACUUAUGUACCUGAGAAACGUACUAUCCUAAUUACCGUUAUAAUCCGUUGCUUCUUCUUUUUUUUUUCUCUUUUUCGCUCUUGGUCUCCCCCAUACCCGCGCCCGCAUCACAUCCAUGAGAGUACGUUUUUCUUUUCUUCUGAGUUGUGGAUGAGUGGAUAGGUAGUUUGAGGGGUGAGGUGAGGUGAGGUGAGGUGCUGUGUUGGUGGUGUUUGAGUCUUGUACGAGUACUACAGUCUACAGUAUACUGAGGAGAACUGCGCAAUCUGAAUACACUGGCAGCUUAA